CUUAAAACCAACUUGGUAUUUGCACCCCUUCUCCUUUUCUUCUCUCCCCAUUUCGGCCUUACCCUCCACAAUCCCAAACAUCCCCUUUUCUCCCUUAACUUCUCCUCUUUAAACCCACACCAUUUUCCCUUCUCCUUCCCUCCAUAAAUUCGGCCACCUCUCCUCCCCUUCAAACCUAAGCUAAGAUAUAUCACCUUGUGACAAGACACCUAAAGAGGAAGAGAAGGCUGAGGUUGGGGGAGCACAGACAAGGAUGAACUCUGAUGAAGAAUUCUUUAAGAUGUUGGACGAAGAACCAAUAGUUUCCAUCUCCGAGAUUCCUAUCCUGAAAUCUACUGAAAAGGGGGAAACUACCCAACUCAACAAGAAGAAGUCCAAGAAGGUUGCAUCUAAUCCUGUAGAUGGUCAAAAAAUAAUGCUAAAACUAAGAAUGAACUUUGUGAUGAUUCUCCUUGUCCCAAGAAAGGUAAAAGCAUCACCAAAAAUUAACAUGCCACCUCCAAGAUCUCCUCCUCCUUGAAGAAGAAAGAUCUUGACCUUAGCUCAGGGAAGUCCUCACGACCUCUCUUUGUUUCCUCUAUAGCAAAAUCAUUUAUCCCUUUCAUUGUGCAAAAGCAUAUCCUUCCUCAAUGAAAUAUCGAUGUGAAUGACUACUCUCAAAACAAAUUUCAUCCCCUAUUGGAAACCAUGCAUUUGUUGAAAUCUAUUACUCUUGAUGGUUCUUUUAUGAAACAAGUGAUUCAUGAAUUUUACUGUAACUUGGAUGAUGGUUUUGUGUGUUCGUCUGAUGAGCUUUGUGAAAAAUGUUUUGUUCAUCGAAAGUACUAUGACUUAUGUCCUGCUACCGUGAACAAUUUUUUGGGUUUGGAUGAUGUGCAAGAUGUGGUUGUAAGUGAGGCUGUAAUGUGGAAGGAGCUCACAAAUGGGGCUUGAAGUAGUCAUCACACAACCAACAAGGUUCCUUCAUCUAUUCUCAAGCGUUCUCACUCCAUAUUGCAGCGUGUUGCUGCAUGCCACUGAAUGGCCACCACCCAUACAAACACAGUCACUAAAGCCAUGGGAAUGCUGUUGUACAAGAUCAAGAACAAUGUUCCUUUGAAUUUUGGAAAGUUAAUUCUGGCUCAAAUUGAUGAAUUUGGCAAAAGGAACUUCCAACAAAUGACAAUGAUCUUCCCUAUUAUGUUCUAAUAUUUAAAAUGCUUGUUUCACAGGGCUUUGUAAAGGCAUAUGCUGAAAGAGAAGAACCACUUGAGCCCUUUAUCCAGCUUAACAACAGGAACUUUGAAGGCAAACACUUUAAUGAUUUGGCAGACUGGUAAUCUUUUACAAACAUUUGCUAUCAAUACUUUCCGGUUGAAGGGUAGUUCUACCGUUCUUUCCUUGUUAUGUUUUGGGUGACAAUCUCUUUUCUGUUGCUGUUUUUUGUUAUUGCUUGCUUUAAUGAAUGCUGUGAAACGCU